AAAGGGAGCAGACAAGCAACCACACACAGCAGCAGUAUACAGCACUUUCACUUUGAGAGAGAGCUGAGAGAGUGAGGCUGCAGGGAGAGGGAGCAGAGACAAGAGCAGGCCACAUCUAUUAACUCGUUUCCAGGCAGCGGCACCAGGACAAAUAAGGCUCUUUGGGCAGAUAUAGGUCAGGACAUAGAAAGAACAAAAAAGAAAGAGGAUACAGUAAACAGAUUCCUGUCUGGAUAAGGCGGGAUUCGCUCUGUCCAAGUUGGAAAACCAAAAGUCAGAGCGCAGGAUGGCGUGAAAAGAUAACUCAGGACUUUUUUGGGAAAGUACCAAAGGAACACAGCAGAACUUGUGCAAGAGAUGAACAGAAGAUCGAAAAUGAAGCUAUGAAGACAGAGGGGCAUUCUCUGUGAAAGACCCUUUGAAACCACACAGGAGUGAACUUGCCUUUGACAGCCGUACACAGAACAGCUUGUCUGCAGUGUUUGCUGUCAACCAGAGAAAUGGAGAAGCGCCCAUUCUCACAAAGAUAAAAAGGAUGUCACUACCAGUUUUGCUCUUUCUAUCACUGUGGACUGCUCAAUGUGGAGGCUGCGGCUCUGACGUGGGAAGUGUGGACAACAUUAAAACUACUAUUGACAUGAAUGCAAAGGGGUUUCGAUCGGUGUUCCCUAAGGAUUAUUACAUCAAGCAUCGCUACACAAGAAGAAUCCUCUGUGAUGACCCGUGCUGUGUGUUCCCGGCUGCCAUCGUCCUUCUGGAUUCAUGGCAUGUGUUGAUCAAAAACCUGUACGACGAACACAUAAAUCGCUCCUUAAUCAGAGAUCUCAAACAAACACUGGAAAAGAUUAUCAAGAGCAACAGAAACACAGAGAGGUUUCAAGAGGUCACCGACUUGGAUCAACUUUCUUUAAACGACUCACGUCCAGAGGAGCUGCUCAAUUUCACGUCCGAGUUGUUUUCCCGUUGGAUCGAAGUUCGUUGUGCUCCCUCCAUUGAAACCUGCAGUCCUUCCACUCUGCCCCCUGCAAUAGAGAGAAAGGACUAUGACGCCUCGAGAGCCCAACUUAAAACCACUCGAGGUAUAGACGAAUGGGAGAUUCUUGAAGAUGAGGAAAUUAACUUUAUGCCGGAGUUGUCCAGCGGGGGAAGACUAUCCGUGCCAUACUCCGUGUCCCUCUGCAGCCCUCUGCUCUUCAGGCUCUACUGGUGGCUGCUAUAGGAAAAUGCACACAAAAUGCAAGGAACAGCACUGAAAGAUUGUUGGAUUGUUGUAUCUUUGGUAGUAAGCUUUGUUUUUAAUAUGAGUUGACAGGUACACACUGUCACACAAUAGGUUGGGUUCACGUGAUAAAGUUUAAAAUUGAGCUGGAGGACAGGCCAGAAUUCUAUGGGGGAAUUUACUGUUUAACUGUCAGAUUGCAGAUUUACUGACCUGGUUUGUGGUUAAUAUCUGUGUAAUCACCUGGGCCUAUCCACAUAAAACAUGUUCAAGUGACAAGCUCAAAAACGUCUUGUUGCUAUAAAUGUGAGAUUAUGUUUUCACAAUAGCUUCAGAAAACAUUGCGUCACUGUUGUUAGUUGAAAGGACUUUGAGCAAUGGGAUUAAUAUGACAAGUUGGUGGAGCCAGUCCCAAUCAAAUAAUUACUGUAAAAUUGGGUAUUUCUUUCAAAAACAGUUAAUCUGUCAUAGAGUUAAACGGGCCCCUGUCCUCCAUCUGAAAUUAUGACAAAUUCUAGAACGUGAACGCAAUUCAGUCACUAUCCAUCCAUGUUCAUAACUGAUACCAGAUGAUAACCUAUAGCUGUUUUAGCCUAUUUUCAAUACAAGCUUCAGCUACAGGCUCUGCUCUUUAUGCUAACAGAGAUUUAAGUUAAACAGUGCACACAACAAGCCAUGUCUAUUUCUGUUUACAAAGAAUGUUUUGUAUGAUGUAAAGUAUUAUUGUCCUUUAUAUAAAUAAUUCUAAGUUAAAUACUUAUAGAUAUUAGUCUCAUCUUUGAAAAAUAACAGCUCAUAAAAUGUACCUUCAACUGUCUUACACAGGAGUGAGUGCACCACGAGGUUACACUUGCCCCUACAUGCAUACACCCACACACCACCAUUGUCCCUACACGACUAUCCUCGUUUCAUAACACAGAAAUUAGACUUUUGUUUUGUCUUCAGGGAAUCCACCAGUCUUGUUGAUCCUGCUUACAUUUCUGAAGAAACAUCUGAAGUAACAUCUUUUGGCCAAGUUCAAGAUACUGGAUAUAGAUUAGCUGUUCUGUCUUAUCAUCGUAGCCUACUUUUAAAAACGCCCCCAAGCCCCCAUAUAUAACCGGACAACUCCAGUCAGAAGUAGACAGUCUAUGACACCAUUAGUGAUGUGAAAGUCCCAUAUUGAUCGAUUACUUUACAGGCUUGUUGUCUAAAGGUUAGGCUUUGUUUUAAUCAAUGGCUAUAGCAUAAGCCUAUGGGAUCCAGCUGACUAAUUAUGCAUUCUCUUAUUUGCAGGCUAGGCCAUCCAUGUUAAUAGUACAGCCAUGUAAUAAGUAGGUUACAGUAUUUGAUUACUUUACACUACAGGUUGUUGUUUAAAUAAAGUAUAGUUUCUUCAAUUCAA